UAUGCCAGCUUCGCGUCGCAUAGUUCCUCGUCCGCGAAGAGAGAAGAGAGAGAGAGAGAGAGAGAGAGAGAAAGGAGGGGAGGGAGAAAGAGAAAGAGAGAGAAAAGAAAACGGGAGAGAAAAAGGAUGGCAAUAACAUCGAAACGACUGUGAGUCGGCGAGAUAAUUGUGAGCCGGAAAGUGAAACGGAACAAGCAAAAGGAAUGUGUGUCGUGAUGCUGUCGACUUCGUUGAUACUGAUCACACGCUGGUUCUCGUCGUCGUCAUCGUGAGUGAUACCCGUGAGUCAAAAUUGCGAUGCAAUCCAUCUACUGGACUGGACGAUUGCUAUCACGCGCACUCUGGAACGGCAUCGCGAGCUACAGCUCUGCGUGCAGUAGUGAACAACAGUCAAGCACGGCUAUCGUGAGCAGCAGGCGCCACGAGGCCUCGCUUGUCUCCGCCGUGUGCGGGUUUCCGAAGGACUUUGCCCGGAGCCGGAUACGUAGGGGCCAGUUUGGCGACGAUGCCUGGUUCACUGCUAAAUUCAGGACAACUGAAGUUAUAGGUGUGGCUGAUGGUGUGGGAGGAUGGCGACACUACGGAAUUGAUCCAGGAGAGUUUUCUAAUUUCUUAAUGAGAACAUGUGAGAGGCUAGUCUCCAUGGGUAGAUUCACACCUACAGAACCAGCUGGCUUAUUAGCACGUAGUUACUAUGAAUUGUUAGAAAAUAAACAACCAAUAUUAGGUAGCAGUACCGCGUGCGUAAUAAUUCUCAAUAAAGAAACGAGCAGCAUUUACGCAGCCAAUAUAGGAGAUAGCGGUUUUGUAGUCGUACGAAGGGGAGAAGUAGUACAUCGGUCCUCAGAGCAACAACAUUACUUCAAUACUCCUUUCCAAUUGUCAUUGCCACCUCCAGGACACUCUGAUCUAGUACUUCGCGACAGUCCAGAAUCCGCCGAUACUUCGAGUUUUGGUGUCGAGGACGGCGAUGUGAUCCUUCUGGCAACCGACGGAGUAUUUGACAAUGUGCCUGACCAGUUGCUAGUCACAGAGAUGCGUAAAAUUGAAGGCGAAAGAGAUCCAACGAAAAUACAGUGCGUCGCUAACACGAUAGCGUGGAUGGCACGUCGUUUAGCUUUUGAUGACGCCUUCAUGUCUCCGUUUGCUCAAAAUGCCCGUGAGAAUGGGAUCGAUGCAAUAGGUGGUAAACCAGACGACAUCACGGUACUUUUAGCAACAGUGGCGAUAUGAUAAAAACAAUAAGAAACAAAUGUACAAUAGAGCCCUGAUGAUCAUUGUAUUAUAGUCCAUGUCAUUGCGUAUAUGUAUUUAGUUAUACAUCAUUAUAUUAAUCCUAUUACGCUAAUCAUUUAUUAUUUAAAUCGAAAUAAAUGGUUUUAUAAAAUCAU